UUCUAUAAAAGGGUUCUCCUUCUCGAUUCCACGCUCACGUCUGCCGCCGCUGCUUUGGUUGUUCUGCUUUUCGAUUCGAGGAAGAUCUGCCGGAGAGAAGAUGGGGCACUCAAACAUCUGGAACUCGCAUCCCAAGAACUAUGGACCUGGAUCUCGGCUAUGCCGUGUUUGUGGGAACCCACAUGCAAUAAUCAGGAAGUAUGGUCUCAUGUGUUGCAGACAGUGCUUCCGCAGCAACGCCAAAGAAAUUGGCUUUAUUAAGUAUCGCUGAAGGUGGAAGGGUCUCAACGAUGAAGAGUUUUCAUUAUAAAACUACUAUGCGCUAGAAGAUUUUAGUUUGGAUUUGUUUUUACAUGUUUCUUCCCAAGACUAGAAACUUUGUCUGAAAGAACUGUGGCUAAGCAAUGUUUUAAGCAGUAUUUUGGUUUUAAUGAAUUGAUUUUCAACUUGCAAGCGUCA